AUGGAUCAAGGCAAGAACGUGGACUUUAGCGUAUUGGAAUUCGAAAACUACAACGAUUACAUUAGCUCCUUUGCCACUGCCCAGGACUACCGGUAUCUGAACAACCAGAACACUAUCAAGACCAUCGUCCAGCUGGGCUAUCGUACCACCAAGAUUCCCUAUAGCUCCGAUGAGUUUGCGAAGCGUGUCACCAUGGCCGUGGAGGCCAUCAGGCCAAAGACCACGCACGUUGGAUUAUUUGGCGACUUGAUGUCUCCGACUAACAAGGACCCAGUGCUGUUGGAGUUCAAGGCUCGAGAGUCGCUUAACCGUAACAAGAUCCUAUCGACAAUCGUUUUCACCUCAUAUGUAAACGUCGACGGAUCAGAGAUUUCCGGAUAUAUCGAUCUGGAUAUGAGUUGGCGGAACUGCUUCAUACAAUCCCUGAAGCACACGGAUUGGCGGGGCGUCUAUGCGGGUCGCACCCGGCUUAAGCCCUUGCCUCACCACCUCAGCUACUCGAACCCCAGAUAUAACAUGGUCAAGUACACCCAGAGCGACAACUAUGUGGUUAUGCACGAUCAUCAUCACGGGCUGAUGUUUAUGCACAGGGGAGACCACAAAAUGAUUACGGUGGGUGGACAACACAAUAUAUACACGAAGAAUGCCAAGAGGUCGAUGGUCUAUUCACCAAAGUACGGAUAUGUCGUCUUCUACGAUCACUUUGUGCGCAAGAAGGUCUAGUCCUGGUCUUGUCCAAAUCAAAAUUUUAAAUA